AUGAAAAUCAUAUUUUUGUUUAAGCCACCAGAAAAUUGUUCUCUGUGCUAUCCAGCCUGCUCGAUCAACCCGUGUCACGCCCAGGCCACCUGUACAGACAUCCCGCCUUCACUUGACGGAGUUUGCGUUUGUAACUUCGGAUACAAAGGAGACGGUCGCCUUAAGGGUACUGGAUGUUCAGACAUCAACGCCUGCUUGUCCAACCCGUGCCACGCCCAGGCCACCUGUACGGACAACCCCGCCCCUGCACUGGACGCCAACUGUACCUGUAACGUGGGAUAUACAGGAGACGGUCGCCUUGAUGGAACUGGGUGUUCAGACAUCAACGCCUGCUUGUCCAAUCCGUGCCACGCCCAGGCCACCUGUACAGACAACCCCGCCCCUGCACAGGACGCCAACUGUACCUGUAACGUCGGAUAUACAGGAGACGGUCGCCUUAACGGGACUGGGUGUUCAGACAUCAACGCCUGCUUGUCCAACCCGUGCCACGCCCAGGCCACCUGUACAGACAACCCCGCCCCUGCACUGGACGCCAACUGUACCUGUAACGUCGGAUAUACAGGAGACGGUCGCUUGGACGGAACUGGAUGUUCAGACAUCAAUGCCUGCUCGAUCAACCCGUGUCACGCCCAGGCCACCUGUGCAGACAUCCCUUCUGCACUUGACGGAGUUUGCGUCUGUAACUUCGGAUACAAAGGAGACGGUCGCCUUAACGGGACUGGAUGUUCAGACAUCAACGCCUGCUUGUCCAAUCCGUGCAACGCCCAGGCCACCUGUACAGACAACCCCGCCCCUGCACUGGACGCCAACUGUACCUGUAACGUCGGAUAUACAGGAGACGGUCGCCUUGAUGGAACUGGGUGUUCAGACAUCAACGCCUGCUCGUCCAAUCCGUGCCACGCCCAGGCCACCUGUACAGACAACCCCGCCCCUGCACUGGACGCCAACUGUACCUGUAACGUCGGAUAUACAGGAGAUGGUCGCCUGGACGGGACUGGGUGUUCAGACAUCAACGCCUGCUCGCCCAAUCCGUGCCACGCCAACGCCACGUGUUCGGACAACCCCGCCCCCGCACUGGACGCCAGGUGCACCUGUAACGCUGGAUACGCCGGAGACGGCGCCCUGAACGGAACUGGAUGUUCAGACAUCAACACUUGUUCCAACGCGUCCAAUCCGUGCCACGCCCAGGCCACCUGUACAGACAACCCCGCCCCUGCACUGGACGCCAACUGUACCUGUAACGUCGGAUAUACAGGAGACGGUUUCGUGGACGGAACGGGGUGCUCGCUCCAGCCCGUAAGCGGAGCUGCGUCUGCAGACACGCAGGCGCUCACGUAUAGCUUGGUGGGCAUUUUGUUAGCCUGUGUCUGUUUCGGUGCCGUUAUAGUCAUUUUAGUCGUCCUUAGGCGACGUAAGGCACGUGCAGGUGAUCAACGCUACAAAAGCUGUGGCCGGAACAGCUGAGUGAGCAAUGUUGGGAUGACAACAACCCGGCACAGCGAACCACACUUUUGAAGCCAGGAGUGGGGCAGUCAUACAACAGUAAAAUCUGCAAAUCUGAUUGGCAGAAGUACAAACUUAAAGCCAUUUCAAACUGAUGACUUCUACAGACGCCGUCGGGCAUUGGUUUCAUCCUAUUAGUACCAAGCCUUGGUUUCAAUUGUCUUCUUGUGAUUUGCACUGAAUUAAUAAAAUAUCAAGAAACAAAAGAAAAACAA